GAGUGACCUUUGCCCCCGCUGACUCGGUUCCUUCCUUUCCUGUAGCGGCUCCACGAGAAGACGUAGCAAAAUGGCUCCACGUAAGGGUAAGGAAAAGAAGGAAGAACAGGUUAUCAGCCUGGGGCCACAAGUGGCUGAAGGAGAAAAUGUGUUUGGAGUCUGCCAUAUCUUCGCCUCCUUCAAUGACACCUUCGUGCAUGUGACUGACCUGUCUGGCAAAGAGACAAUCUGCCGUGUGACUGGUGGAAUGAAGGUCAAGGCUGACAGAGAUGAGUCCUCUCCCUAUGCCGCUAUGUUGGCUGCUCAAGAUGUCGCUCAGAGGUGCAAGGAGCUUGGCAUCACAGCUCUCCACAUCAAGCUGCGUGCCACCGGAGGAAACAGGACCAAGACCCCUGGCCCUGGUGCCCAGUCUGCACUCAGAGCCCUGGCUCGUUCUGGCAUGAAAAUAGGCCGAAUUGAGGAUGUGACCCCUAUCCCUUCAGACAGUACCCGCAGAAAGGGUGGUCGCCGUGGUCGUCGUCUGUAGUUCUCCAACUUUGUCUUUCAAUUGUUAAUAAAAUAAUCCGACCAAAAAGAU